CGGCGUUGUUGUCUUUCGACUUUCCGUCCGCUCGAAGCUCUCGCGCGCAACGAUUUCUGCGUUGGCCUUUGAGAAGGAGACGGAGCGGAAGAGAAUCCAUGAGGAUUGGAGCGAUUGUGGAAGAAGGAUAUGUGUGCGAAGAAGAAGUGCAUCUGACGGUGUGGAAAACUUGCCUCUGCUGAAAGGGCGAAAAAUAGGUUGACGGGAAACCCUAGAAAAACUCUUGAUCUUUGCUUUCGUUUUGACUCACUUGCCGAAUUCCGAGGUGUGGGAAUCCGGAGUGUUUGCCGAUCUGCUGAAUUCCGGAUUUUGUGAUUGUUUUACAGGAUGUCGUCUUUAAGUAGAGAACUUGUAUUUUUGAUUCUUCAGUUUCUAGACGAAGAGAAGUUCAAGGAUACUGUGCACAGACUGGAGAAAGAGUCUGGGUAUUUCUUCAACAUGAGAUAUUUUGAAGAUAUGGUGACAAAUGGGGAAUGGGAGGAGGUAGAAAAGUAUUUAUCUGGUUUCACGAAGGUUGAUGACAACAGAUACUCCAUGAAAAUAUUCUUCGAGCUCCGAAAGCAGAAGUAUCUCGAAGCCCUUGACAAGCGGGAUCAUGCUAGGGCUGUGGAGAUUCUUACGAAAGAUUUGAAAGUAUUUUCAACGUUCAAUGAAGAUCUCUUCAAGGAAAUUACGAUGCUCCUCACCUUGCAGAACUUUAGGGAAAACGACCAGCUUUCGAAAUAUGGAGAUACCAAGUCAGCUAGAGCUAUAAUGCUUGUUGAGCUAAAGAAAUUAAUUGAAGCUAAUCCUCUGUUUCGCGAGAAGCUUCAGUUUCCUACUUUAAAGAACUCAAGAUUGAGAACACUAAUCAACCAGAGCUUAAACUGGCAGCACCAACUUUGUAAGAAUCCAAAACCCAACCCUGAUAUAAAGACUCUCUUUGUGGACCAUGCUUGUGGGCAGCCAAAUGGUGCUCGGGCUCCAUCCCCAGUUGCUAAUCCAUUAAUGGGUCCAAUGGCUCCGAUGGGUCCAAUGGGUCCUAAAGUUGGUGGGUUUCCACCAAUGGGAGGAGGUCCUACGCCAUUCCAGCAUGCUCCAGCUCCAUUGACCGCAUCACUUGCAGGAUGGAUGGCCAGUCCAUCUGCUGUGCCACAUCAAGCUGUUUCUGUCGGACCUAUGGGAUUAACUCCCCCCACUAAUCCUGUGUCUAUGAUAAAGCGUCCUAGGACUCCUCCUUCUAACAAUGCAGCAAUGGACUAUCAAACUGCAGAUUCCGAACAUGUGCUGAAGAGAUCAAGACCUUUUGGAUUCCCCGAGGAGGCCACAAAUCUUCCUGUCAAUGUAUUGCCUGUUGUGUAUCCUGGUCAGAGCCAUGCCUAUACGUAUUCUGCUGAUGACCUACCCAAGACUGUUGUAGCAAAUUUGAGUCAGGGUUCUGUUGUGAAGAGCAUGGAUUUCAGUCCGGCAGACCCGACUAUACUUCUAGUUGGAACUAGUACCGGUGAGAUUUCUCUCUGGGAAGUGAGUACUGGGGAGAAGCUUGCAUCUAGGGAAUUCAAAGUGUGGGACGUUGGGACUUGCUCAAUGACACUUCAGGCAUCUUUGGCUAAUGACUUUACUGCAUCUGUCAACCGUGUCGUGUGGAGUCCUGAUGGAAACCUUGCUGGUGUUGCAUAUUCAAAGCAUAUAGUUCACCUGUACAUUCAUUACAGCGGUGAUGAUAUAAGGAAUCGCCUUGAGAUUGAUGCCCACACCGGUAGUGUCAACGAUCUUGCCUUUUCUUUCCUGAACAAGCAUAUGUGCAUCAUAACCUGCGGGGAUGAUAAGACAAUCAAGGUGUGGGAUGUUAUCUCUGGUGCUAAGCAGUAUACUUUUGAUGGUCAUGAGGCGCCUGUUUAUUCCAUAUGCCCACACCACAAAGAAAACAUUCAGUUCAUCUUUUCAACUUCUGUUGAUGGAAAGAUAAAGGCUUGGUUAUACGACAAUAUGGGUUCAAGACUGGAUUAUGAUGCUCCGGGUCACUCUUGUACCACCAUGGCCUACAGUGAUGAUGGGACUAGGCUAUUCUCCUGUGGUACGAGCAAAGAUGGGGAAUCAUUCAUUGUGGAAUGGAAUGAGAGUGAAGGAGCUAUCAAGAGGACAUAUCUUGGUCUGGGCAAACGUUCUGUCGGUGGAGUGGUGCAAUUUGAUACAGUGAUGAACAGGUUCUUGGCUGCUGGUGAUGAGUUCAAAAUUAAAUUUUGGGACAUGGACAAUGUAAACCUUUUGAGUAGCAUUGAUGCUGAUGGUGGCUUGCCGGCUUCUCCUUGCAUUCGAUUUAAUAAAGGAGGGAGGCUAUUGGCCGUGUCGACAAGUGACAAUGGUGUUAAAAUACUCGCAAAUGCUGAUGGUAUUCGAUUAAUGCGCUCCAUGGAAAACCGUGCUGGCUCGACUGCAAAGGCACAUACAAUAGGUGCAUCGGCAGCUUCUAGUUCAGCAGUGGGGCCUGGUGUCGGCCCCGAUCGAAGUUUACCAAUGAAGAAUGUUAUAACAUUGAACGGGGAAGGCAGGAAUUUGGCUGACACAAAACCCAGAAUAUCUGAUGAUCUGGAGAAAUCAAAGAUUUGGAAGCUGACUGAAAUAACUGAACAGUCUCAGCUUCGGUCCUUGCGUCUUCCUGAUGCUUUGUUGGCCGUGAGGAUUAUUCGGUUGAUUUACACAAAUUCUGGCAAUGCCAUUUUGGCGUUAGCAUAUAACGCCGUCCACAAGCUUUGGAAAUGGCAACGGAAUGAACGAAACUCUACCGGAAAGGCGACGGCUGCAGUGCCGCCUCAACUCUGGCAACCUUCUAGUGGAAUCUUGAUGACCAAUGAUAUAAGCGAGACAAACCUCGAGGAAGCCGUGCCGUGCUUUGCACUUUCCAAGAAUGACUCCUAUGUUAUGUCAGCAUCAGGAGGGAAAAUCUCCCUGUUUAAUAUGAUGACAUUUAAGACAAUGACAACCUUUAUGCCGCCUCCACCGGCUGCAACCUAUCUUGCCUUCCAUCCUCAGGACAACAACGUCAUUGCUAUUGGCAUGGAGGACUCGUCCAUACAAAUAUACAACGUUCGCGUCGACGAGGUGAAAAGCAAGCUCAAAGGUCAUCAGAAGAGGGUAACUGGCCUCGCCUUUUCCAGUCUUCUAGAUGUUCUCGUUUCAUCGGGAGCCGAUGCGCAGAUAUGUGUCUGGAGUUUAGAUGGAUGGGAGAAAAAGGCGAGCAAGUUUCUGCAGAUUCCCGCAGGGCGUACGUCAAAUCCCAUAGCGCAGAUGCACGUGCAAUUUCACCAGGAUCGAACGCAUGUAUUGGCUGUCCACGAGACGCAAAUCGCCGUAUAUGAAGCUUCCAAACUGGAACUCAUCAGUCAGUGGGUUUCUCGCGAAUCAUCUGCCGCUGCGAUAACCAACGCAACGUACUCCUGCGACAGCCAGUCAAUAUACGCGAGCUUUGAUGACGGCAGCAUCAAUGUCUUCGCCAGUGCAGGGCUGAAGCUACGGUGCCGAAUCAGCCCCUCUGCGUAUUUGCCAUCUACACCGAGCUCGAGAGUUUAUCCACUUGUCGUGACGGCGCAUCCGACUGAACCCUGUCAAUUCGCGUUAGGUCUCACGGAUGGUGCAGUGCACGUGCUGGAGCCCCUGGAAACUGAGGGGAAGUGGGGUACGGCACCUCCGAACGAAAAUGGUGGUGCCGCCGGGCCGAGCACGGCGGCGGCCUCCGGUGGCCUGGAUCAGUCGUCGAGGUAGCCAAGACAAACUAUGAAGUGGUGAUAUGGUGUCUUAGUAUAUCACUCCUUGUUAAGACUAGAAUACUUUGUGACAAAUGGUGUCUAAUAUAUAUAUGCAUAGUUUGUGUCGGGAAUUGGAAUAAGCGUCUCUGCGGGCUAACACACGAUCAUGUGAUGUAAGAAAGUUGGGAAUGCUGUUUUGUUCAUAGGUUGUGCUGUGGGACACUACUGAUUGGACUGUGCUUGUGAUGUAUACUGAAAGUGAUAUGCAUGUAGCGUUGGGCUUUGAUUUCA